UUCACGUAGCAGUCGCUGUGCGCAGGCGCAGAAGUGGCUAAUGCAGAGCAGAUCGCAAUAACUAAUUAUGCAAACGUUUGCUCGAAGAAAAAAAAAAUGUUUUUCGUCUAGACUGCACAGCCAUUCAUAGGUGGAGGAGGAGGGAGGAGGCCAAAGCAUUCGUGCCUGAUGUUGCCAAUGAAAGUUUUCACAACUUUUCGCAUAAAUACAAGCUAGUCAAACGAAUAAAAGACAUGCUAUUAUUGGCAAGAACUGUUCAACAUCCUACCAGCAUGUUUGCAAAACAAACUGAAUUCCGUUCACGAUGAACGGAUGGAAGUCUCACCGCCUGCAUGAAGCAAAAUCUGACGACGUACGAAAGGCGAGAAAGCCAUCAGCAAAACCACAAAAUCACGUUCACGCAGGCUGAGGAACAUCCGCACCAGAGGAGCAUCAGCAGAGUGGCGCGACCAUGAGGUCAGAGGCCUUCCUCCUCUACUUCACGCUACUGCACUUGGCUGGGGCGGCCUUCCCCGAAGACAGCGAGCCGAUCAGCAUCUCCCACGGCAACUACACGAAGCAGUACCCGGCCUUUGUGGGCCACAAGCCCGGCAGGAACAACACGCAGCGCCAUAAACUGGACAUCCAGCUCAUCAUGAUCAUGAACAAGACCUUAUUCAUCGCUGCCAGGGAUCACAUCUACACGGUGGACGCGGACAGCGCAGCAAAUGACGAGAUCUUUUUCAGCAAGAAAAUGACGUGGAAGUCCAGGCAAGGUGACGUGGACACAUGCCGGAUGAAAGGGAAGCACAAGGACGAAUGUCACAAUUUCAUCAAAGUCCUCCUGCAGCAAAACGACGACAACCUGUUUGUGUGCGGCACGAACGCCUUCAACCCCUCGUGUCGAACGUACAAGACGGAGACCCUGGAAGCUCUCGGAGAGGAGAUCAGCGGGAUGGCUCGCUGUCCUUACGAUGCCAAGCAUGCCAAUGUCGCCCUCUUUGCAGACGGCAAGUUGUACUCGGCCACGGUCACCGACUUCCUGGCCAUUGAUGCGGUCAUCUAUCGUAGCCUGGGAGACAGCCCGACUCUGCGCACGGUUAAACAUGACUCCAAGUGGCUAAAAGAGCCGUACUUUGUGCAAGCAGUCAAUUACGGAGACUUCAUCUAUUUCUUCUUCAGGGAAAUUGCCAUGGAGUACAACACAAUGGGAAAGGUGGUGUUUCCUCGGGUCGCCAGGGUCUGCAAGAACGACAGAGGCGGCUCCCCUCGCGUCCUGGAGAAACAAUGGACGUCGUUCCUCAAGUCCCGCCUCAACUGCUCCAUCCCGGGCGACUCCCACUUCUACUUCAACAUCCUGCAGGCGGUGACGGACGUCAUUCACAUCAACGGGAAGGACGUCGUGAUGGCCACGUUCUCCACGCCGUACAACAGCAUUCCGGGCUCGGCCGUGUGUGCCUACGACAUGGCGGAGGUGGCCAACGCUUUCACGGGGCGCUUCAAAGAGCAAAAAUCGCCAGACUCCACCUGGACGCCUUUUCCUGAGGAGCGGGUUCCCAAGCCAAGGCCCGGCGAUUGUGCCGGCAGUCCAGCCAUGGAGCGGUACAAGAUCUCCAACGAGUUCCCCGACGACACGCUCAACUUCAUCAAGAUGCAUCCCCUGAUGGACGAGGCGGUGCCCUCCAUCGCCAACCGGCCCUGGUUCCUCAAGACCAUGGUUCGCUAUCGACUGACACGCAUCGUGGUGGACAGCGAGGCGGGCCCCCAUAAGAACCGCACUGUGGUCUUCCUGGGAUCAGAGAAAGGCAUCAUCCUCAAGUUCCUCGCUAAGAUGAACAACGGUUUCCUAAACGACAGCUUGUUCCUGGAAGAACUAAAUGUCUACAAUCCUGAAAAGUGCAGUAUAGACGGCGUGGAGGACAAGCGCAUCGUCAGCAUGCAGAUCGACGCCAAGGGUCACGCCCUGUGGGUGGCGUUCAGCUCCUGUGUGGUAAAAGUUCCUCUGUCUCGCUGCGAAAGGCACGGAAGAUGCAAGAAGUCCUGUAUCGCCUCCCGAGACCCGUACUGUGGUUGGGUGUCAGAAGGAGCGUGCAGACGAGUGAUUGACACCAAAUCCUCCUUUGAGCAGGACGUGGAGCACGGUAACACAGAUGGCCUGGGAGACUGCCAAAAUACCUUCGUGGCUCUGAACGGCCACCGUCACCGCCAUCACCACCGCACCCUCCCCCUCCCCACGCCGGCCCUCCCCGAGGGCCCCCUGGGGCGGGGCCGCAUGGUGGAGCGCAAGGAGCCCCCCGUGAGCUCAGACACAGGGGAGGAGCCCUACAUGGCCGUACCCUCUCAGACUCAGCCCGAAGCCAAUGGUGUGAUCCGUGAGAGCUACCAGAAGGGCCGCGACCAGCUGGUUCCCGUCACCCUGCUGGCCAUCGCCGUCAUCCUGGCGUUCGCCAUGGGCGCCAUCUUUUCGGGCAUCAUCGUCUACUGCGUGUGCGACCACCGCCGGCGAGACCUGGACCUGCCCGGCCGCAAGGACAAGGACAGCCAGCACCUUCACUCGCGGCGGGGCUCCAUGAACAGCGUGACCAAACUGACGGGUCUUUUUGAGACGCAGGCCAAAGACGGGCGACCCGAGGCCAUACUCACGCCUCUGAUGCAUAACGGGCGACUGACGGCCAACGGAAAGAUGCUCAUCAAAGCCGACCAGCACCACCUGGACCUCGCCGCCCUGCCGACGCCCGAGGCCACCCCCAUGCAGCCGCGCCGUAAGCCCAGCCGGGGCAGCCGCGAAUGGGAGCGCAAUCAGAACCUCAUCAACGCUUGCACCAAGGACAUGGCGCCCUUGGGCUCCCCCGUCAUCUCGGACCUGCCCCUGAGGGUGUCCCCGGGUCACAUCUCCAGCGUGGUGGUGCUGCCUCUGCCGCAGCACCAGCACCAACUCCCUCCUCAACUGCAGCAGUCCUACCAGCACGAGUACGUGGAGCAGCCGCACCCCGGCGACCCCGGCGUGGGCCUGGCGGACGACCAGGCCGCCACCCUGGAGUACAAGACCAUCAAGAACCCCCACCACAACCUCACGGCGGUGAAUCCGGACGGGGCGCUGCCGCCCCGCGUGCCCCAGCGAGAGGCUUCGCUCAGCGUCCCGCAGAUGGGCAAACGGCUGGAGGUGCACUCGUCCGUCUACGGCCUCCGGAAAGGCUCGUCGUCGUCGUCCGCCUCGGGCUCGUCCGGCCUCAAGAAGCACAACACCAACUCGUCCAACUCUUCCCAUUUGGCGAGGCACCAGAGCUUCAACCGUGUGGAGACGCCCCCCCCCGCGCCCCAGCGGGUGGACUCCAUACAAAUGACAGCGCAGGGCGUAUCUCUGUCGCGCCAGCCCAGCAUCGGCUCCUACGGGUCGCUGCCCCGCGGCGGCGUCAAGCACCUCAAGCCCGACGUCCCUCCCAAACCGUCCGUCGUGUCGCUCUCCACGAAAGUCAAGUCCGGCGACGGCUGCACAUAGUCUGGCGGAGGUCCUCGGGUGGGCGAAACGCUUCCGAAAGAAAGACACGGGACUACGUGAUCAAUUCUUUGUUUGGCUGUACAGUACCGUUGGUUUUUUUUUGUUUUUUGUUUUUUUUUUAUACAAAGGUGUAAAUACCAUCCGAGUGGGGGAACCCUUGACAAAAGAAGAAUCUGAUGAUUUGAUCUGCGUAGCGUGGCGGCUUUCUUGACCUCUUCAAGGACAGCACGGAUUCAUGUGUACAGUACCUUAAAGGCCAGCGAAACCGGAGACUGAAAAACCAAGUCAGCUGCCUGUUGGAAUACUGUGAAAAGUGUUACCCCAAUCAAGUCGCCGGGCCCGGGCCAGGCCAGAAGAAUCCUCCGGAUUCACUAAAAGCUUGUCCUAUUUAUUUUUGAUGAAGUGCUUUUCAAGAGAACCGAGGAGACUUUUUAGGCUCAAAAUGUGAGAGAGGGCACAGAGAUGUUUUUAAUAUGAAUUAAUCCAGUGUGAUUUCAACAAAACAAAAAAAAACAACAACAACAUAUUUAAGGUCAUAAAACUGGAGCCAGUAGAUUUUGUUUCUUAAUGACUUGAGGUGAGAAGGAGAAGAUAUUUAUUGACAGUGUGCCACAAAGUACUUCAGCUGUCACACGUUGUAAUCGAAAAGGAGUAUUUGCCCUUUUCACUCCUCCAAUCAGUACUGUGUUUUUUCGUGUCCGUGACGUCGACCCCGAUUGGCCGCACCGUACAAAGAAACGCCACCAUUGAGCGAUUU